UCGCCGCGGGCCUUCCCUCAACCCCCACCCAAAAGGGCAAAAAAAAAAAAAAAAAAAAAUUAAACGAUCCGAGAUAUGGGCAUCCAAAAUCUCCUCAGAUUCUUGAAGCCCUUCAUCGAGCCCAUCCACAUUAAAAGAUAUUCCGGCAAACGUGUCGGGAUAGAUGCUUAUUCAUGGCUUCACAAAGGAGCUUAUUCAUGCAGCAUGGAGCUCUGCCUCAACUCACGGACCGAUGCUGCAAAGCGCCAUUUAAAGUAUUUUAUGCACCGCAUCAAUCUGCUUCGGCAUUAUAGUGUCAUACCGGUAGUUGUAUUUGAUGGCUGCAGCAUCCCCUGCAAGUCUGCGACGGAGCAUGAGCGCCACAGGCGAAGGGAAAGCAACCUUAUGCUGGCAAAGGAGAAGCUCAAGGAAGGGAAUGUCAGUGCUGCUGUCGAAUUCUUCAAAAAAGCAGUGCGCAUUACUCCAUCCAUGGCACAUCAACUUAUUCAGAUUUUGAGAUCAGAAAGUGUUGAAUUCAUAGUUUCUCCAUAUGAGGCUGAUGCACAGUUAGCAUACUUGUCGGCACUUGAUGAUGGUCAAGGGGGCAUUGCAGCUGUAAUAACAGAAGAUAGUGACCUGAUAGCGUAUGGUUGCAAAGACAUUAUUUUUAAAAUGGACCGGUAUGGAAAUGGUGAAGAAUUUUUGAUGGAUAGGGUUUUCACCACUGUCUGUGGAGGACUUUCCUUUAUGAAUUUCGAUAAAGAAUUGUUCACAGGCAUGUGUGUCCUAGCUGGCUGUGAUUUCCUUCCUUCUAUUCCAGGCAUUGGAACCAAGCGAGCCUAUUCCUUGGUCGCCAAGUACAAGAAUUUGGAUCGUGUUCUGUCGAGUUUAAAGUUUGACAAACGAUACCAAAUGCCAGAAGAUUAUUCUGACUCCUUUUGGAAAACAGUUGCAGUUUUUCACCAUGCUCGAAUUUAUGACGUAGAAACUAAAGCACUUAAACCUAUGAAGCCUUUGGAGCAGAAGCAUCUGCAGUCUCUAAAUGGAGACCUAGAUCUUCUUGGACCAGACCUCCCACCAUCAAUAGCUGCUGCCAUUGCUGAAGGUCACUUGAACCCUGUCACUAUGGAAGCUUUUAAUUACCUCUCCGCGGCUGAAAGUUGUUUAGCUUCUGUCAACAACGCAGCAGCUUGUGAUGGCAUAGACAAAAAUGAGACCCAGGUGGAAUCGACGCAAGAGAGUUGCAUCACCAUCUUUUCAGCUAACCAAGCGAGUGAAGAAUAUGUUACAGUUCUAGAGGAGAUUGCUGUAGACCAAAAAAAAUAUGUGAAAGAAGCUCUUGCACUUGGAAAAUUGAUUGCACCAUCUGAACGCCAUCAAGUUGUGGAACAUGAAAUAGAUCGAGGAAUGGUGCCCGAUAACAAUCCAUUCAAGAAGAGGAAGCUAGAGGGUGGGAAGUCGGAAGGAAGAGAGAGUCAUAUGACUGAACCAGUUUCAGUGCUCACAGAUGAAAGAUCUGUAAUGUUGUGUUCAUCGCACGAGUCACAAGAGAGUGUAAAGUCUAAGCCUAAGAAGAGAGUGUUCGUUAGAAAAGAUAAGAUCCAGAAGUCUAAUACGAAGGACAGCAAGACUCAAAAGAGUGAGAAGAGUGGUAUCUUUAAGUUCUUCCGGCGUUUGUAAUUAUAUUCUUCUGGCUAAAUUAUAAGUUGUUUUCUUCCCA